AAACGUGUUCUCUGAGCCGUUCCUCCUCCCCUUCCUCCGCCCCACCGCAUCGGAAGGCGGGGCCCGGGAAGGCGUGGGCUCUGCGCACGCUCAGCGCGGCCCACGUGGGACCGGCGCAGGGACGACCGUGAGUGGGGGUCUGCGCUGGGGUCUGAGAUCCGGAGGGGCCGCUGGUGGGGAUCGAGCCUGGGACUGAGCCGGGUGCGCGCAAGGUCUCCCAGGCUCCCCGUCCCUGGGGCCGCCCCCGCCCGUACCGGCGUGUUUUCCUGCGUCCCGGCCUUGGCUCACGCUCCGCUCUCUGCCUGGAGUUGAGCGUCUGUCGGGUACGAGAAAUAGAUUCUGAAGACAGGAGGAGCUAAUGCCCAGAGCAGCACGUAACUGGUCUUCAGAAUGGCCGCAGCCCCCCAGGCACCAGGGAGGGGCUCUGUGCGGAAGACGAGACCUUUACCUGUGAAGACGUCAUUGAACAACCCGUACACCAUCCGCUGGGGUGCCCUGGACGGGGAGGAUAUGCACUUCAUACUACAGACCCUGGAGGACAGGAUUAAAUCUCUCGGGCUUCAGAAGACUGAGGACAGGAAGAGAAAGAAAAAGCAGCCCGCUUUGAAAACACAAAGCGGAGACACGUGCAGCCUGGAUGUGGACACCGGUGAGGAUCUGAAGGAGGAAAAGCCGGAAGGUGGACCCCAGGCAUCCGGGUGGACCCCUGCUGACGUCAGAAGGCAGCUUGCCAUCGGCAUCAACGAGGUCACCAGAGCCUUGGAGAGGAACGAGCUGCUCUUGGUCCUGGCAUGCAAGUCGGCCAAGCCGGCCAUCGUCACCGCGCACCUGGUGCCGCUGAGCGCCAGCAGAGGUGUCCCUGCCUGCCAGGUGCCCCGGCUCAGCGAGAGGCUCGCACCCGCCAUGGGCUUGACGUGCGUCCUGGCCUUGGGGUUCAAAAGAAACACCGCUGCCUUUGCAGAGGAAGUGAGGGCCAUCAUCCCCAGAGUCCCCCGUCUGGAUGUGCCGUGGCUCCGAGGCACACUUGAAGACCCCGGGGAGAACCCGGAGAUGGAAUCUUUGGAAAGCCAAGACAAAGAGAUUUUGGACACUUCCUUCGAAGACCUCUCUAAACCCAAGAGAAAGCUCGCUGAGGGUCAGCAGGCUGCAGUGUUACAACCCCUGAAAAUAAAGAAACUGAUUCCAAACCCCAAUAAGAUAAGGAAACCACCCAAAAGUAAAAAAACGGCUUCAAAGUAAUCUUGUAUAAACCUGUCACUUCAUACAGUUGUAAAACGACACCUUGUAGAGAAGCCUUGAAAUGAAUAAAAUGACUUUUACAUAUA